AAUUGACAAGCUUUGUUGGUACGUGUACGGGCUUGUUUGAAACAUCCGUGACUAAAUAAAGAGGGAAUUUGACAGACACCUUUGCCUCUUUACGGGGGCCGUAACAAGUUUUUGAAAAUUUUCAUUGUCCAUUCCAAGUUGAUGUAAUCAAGUUCUGAGAUUAAUAUUUCCUAAGCAGAUUUUCGUGGAUAAUCUCACACUCAUUUUAAGUCAUUCCCUGGACCAGCGUCUUGCUUUCUUUUUCUUCAUCAAACGGGAUAGCAAAGUCAAUGCAUUUAUGUGCAUUUGCUGCCAUUCGCACUACUGUCCAAAUAUGAACACGAAGAGCGUCUGCUUCGAAGUGAGGUUAAACUGACUAACUUCAUUAAAGUACGUGUACGGACUUGUUUGACGUAUCCGCGCGUUUGACAAACAAGGUUGUUUGUGUACAAGAACCUUUAAUUGUGCGUAGCAAAGCGAAACCCGCCUACGCCAAGCUAUGGAAGUAUAUUUAGAUGUAAAUAGACAAAUUACGAGGUGGAAAGUGGACGAUUUGGUAGCUAGUCGAGCUGCUAAUGACUGUAUAAGAAAUCUAAACAACUGGAGAUGUUGCGCAGUAUUUGUGAAAGUUACACGUGUAACAGAAAAGUUCUACCAUAAGUAAACUUUAUUGAGAAGUGAACGACUGUUUUCGUAUGUUAUGAAAUGUGAGAAACUUUGUUAGGAACUGGAACCCCACCUAUUUUGUAAGAGUAGCGUGUGAAUGGUAUGUGUAAACAGUGCAGAAUAUAUUGAUACUGUUACAUGAUUCACCGACCUAUGUUAUUAAAAGAGUACCGGUCCACUGUGAAUUACAUAUUUGCAGCAAGUGUUUACGUGCCGGUAUAUAAUAUGCAGUGAAAGAGUUGGGAGACCAAGACAAGCGUUUUUCCAGUCUUCAGUAAGAUCCCAGUGACGGUGAUGGCUGCGAUAUUUCCAUUGGAAGGCAGAGGUGGUCUAUCUGGAGACCUGGGAGUACUGCUGGAGUCGAAGGAGGCUGCUGACGUCACACUGGAGGUGUCUGGGUCACAGCUGUUGGCGCACAGGGCCAUCCUAACAGCCCGCAGUCCAGUGUUUAGAGCCAAGCUAAGGGACAUCGCAAAAGAGAGCGGCAGCCUCACUGUACAGAUCUCUGACAUGAAGGACGAAGUCAUGAAGCAGUUGCUUUGUUUCAUGUACACAGACCAGGUGCCAGACCUGUGUACUUAUGCAGCACCGCUUCUAGUGGCAGCGGAUGAGUACGGCAUCCCACUGCUGAAACAAGUGUGUGAAGCCAUGUUGGCCAAAGGGAUCACUGUGACCAAUGCUUCAGAAAUGGCAGUACUUGCUGUGAAACACUCAUGUACUAAACUGGAGGAGGUCACCAUCAACUUCAUACGGACACACAAUGAAGUGUUGGGCACGAAUGGUUGGGAGGAUGCGAUCCUCAAGCACCCACGAACGGUCGCACAGAUCUGCCGACUCAUGGUGGCCAAACCGUCAGAAAAGAGCAAGGAACAGUUGCUGUCGCCAGAUACGCUGCCAAGCAGAGGUCACCUGGAAGAGGAUAUGGCAGUGCUGCUGGAGUCUGGAGAGGCAGCAGAUGUGACGCUGAGGGUGGGCAAGCAGGGCACCCGGAUGGCAGCCCACAGGGCAUUGCUGGUGGCACGCUGCCCUACACUCGCUGCCAAGCAGCACGUCGAGAGCACGGAGCCGAGUGUCCUCACACAAGUCCUGCGCUUCCUCUACACAGGGCGGGUGGCGCUGGAGGUGGGCUCAGCAGGGGAGAUGCUCGCUGCUGCCGAGAGGUUUUCCCUACCAGAGCUCGCGGAGCGGUGUGAGCGGGUGCUUAUGGAGGGACUGUCUGUGGAAACAGCUGCAACAGUAGCCGUUGUGGCUGUUAUGAACUGCCGCCUCACUCUCAGGAGUGCGGCUGUUCAGUUAAUCAUGCGACAUGCCCCACAGGUGAUGGGGACUGAUGGCUGGAAAGCGGCCCUACGGAACCACACAGAGGUCGCUGUUGAAAUCUGCAGUCUUGUCUCAGCAGCAGCAGCUGCUGCUGCUGCUGCUGCUGCUGCUGCAGUGGCAGUCAGUCCAGAUAUCAGUGUGCCAACUGCACAAGACAGCUGUCGAACCCCUGGCUUUCGGCUCCAGAGUGGUCAUACGUCUGCCACGGCUGUGCCAACCCAAGAUUCCCACCAAACACGUCAGACACAACCACCCGGUGGCACACAGUUCCAGGGAGACCACGCUCAGAAAUCUGCCACACCUGAAGAAGCGCUACCACUCACAAGAUCCCACCAGAUGUCGAAGGCUGCCCCACCUAAUGGCUUCCUCUCUACCGUGUGCAGCACGCCAGCAGACGAGAUGAAUAGGAGGCUUCUCCAGGCAGUUAAGGAUGGAUCAAUGGAGGAAUUACAACAACUGCUCACUUCAGGGGCCGAUGUGGGAAUGCGGGACUGUUACAGGAUGACUGCCUUGCACUGGGCAGCCGAGAGAGGAUACCUGGAGACGGUCGAAUGUCUCUUGAAGAAUGGGGCUGAAGUGGAUUCCAGGGACAGGUGGCAGCGCACACCCCUGCACAGAGCAGCAGAGAGGGGCCACCGAAGUGUGGUAACUGUGCUGCUGAACGCGGGGGCAGACAGGGAAGCCGUAGAUAACUUGGGGAACACCCCCUUGAAGCUGGCCAGAAGGAAGGACAUUCGACAUAUGUAGCAUAGGUGGCAUAGAUGGCUACUAAGAAAUGAUGCUUGUAGUCCAUCUUCAUCUUCUGUAAAAUAGCCAAUGCUCUUGUACUUGCAUGUACAAAUAACGUGACAGUGAUACGUGUAUCAGAUAGCAAUGUGUGAUCAAGAUGGACAUUUAGAAACAAAAAUAUCUUAUUAGUAAUAAACAGAGGUUUGUAAAGUAAUUCAUAACUGGACAUUGUAAAAUAGCCAAUGCUCUUGUACUUGCAUGUACAAAUUACGUGACAGUGAUAUGUGUAUCAGAUAGCAAUGUGUGAUCAAGACGGACUUUUAGAAACAAAAAUAUCUUAUUAGUAAUAAACAGCGGUUUGUAAAGUAAUUCAUAACUGGACAUUUGUUUGUACCAGUAUAAUGGAUGUAUGCUUGACUGUAACAAAUUAGGCUUUACUCAGACUGGUGAUACACCACUUUUAUGGUUAGAGUUUAUCUUCGGUUAUACAAUUACACAAAGAUUACUUGUCUGUAGCACAGAUGAUGUUACAUUCUGGUACAAUAUCAAAUAUCACACCUGUAAAAAGAUUCGAACCACGUUAUUUGCAUACUAUUUCAUGUAUUAGUGUACUGUGAAUAAAAGAGAACAGAACAUU